UCCAUUCCACCCGUCCCCCCUCAAAAAAGCCACAAAAGUACACGACUGUACCUGACUGGGCCACGCUGAUGACGUCGCAGUCGUUGGGCUGCCUCGGGACCCUUGACUUACACGGCAAUCUUGGCCCUGGGACUGCGGGUGGCCUGCGCCCAGCGUCGUACUGUCACAGGCGAUACAGCACAUCAUGCAAAUUCCUGUUUCUUGGCCUAGCUCAGGGUUUGUGGGACGGCGGUGCUUAUAUGCGGAUGGCUUCUCCCUCCCUUUGACAAACAUGGUCAUCACUUCAGUAUCGCAUCGCCACUUGCUUCGUGCAACCUAGCUCUACACGAACCAUACAUACACCACACACACACACACACACACACACACACACACACACACACACACACACACACACACACACACACACAUCCAGCAUUUCGGCAGAAAAUUCAUCAACAUGGCUGUGACCGGCUUCAUUCACCACUUUGGUACCUUUUUGCUCCUCGCGGCAACGGUGCUCCUCGUUGUCACCAGCAUCUCCGCCCCGGUGGUGCACAACAUCUCCCUCUUGACCGUGAAGCUGGGCGACUCUUCGGCUGGCGAUGAGAUCGCGUUCGGCACCUUUGGGUGGUGUGUCCGUGGCGGUUCUGCAGAUGGCUCCGAUCAAUGCAGCCGCUCUAGAAUCGGCUACUCGCCCGCCGACAUCGUUGCCGAGGCCGAUGCCGCGCAGUACUCUGGAUGGUCCUCCGACGCCGCCGAGGGCCUGACCCGCGUCAUGAUCCUCCACCCCAUCGGCGCCGGCGUCUCCUUCAUCGCCUUCAUCCUCUCCAUCGGCGCCGGCAUGUUCGGCUCGCUGCUGGCCGCCCUCGUCUCCGGCACCGCCUUCCUCAUCACCGUCGUUGCCCUCAUCUGCGACUGGGUCAUGCUCGCCUACAUCCGCCGUAACGUCAACCGCGACGAUAACGGCGACAAUGGCAGCUACGCCCACUACGACGUCGCCCUCUGGACCCUCUUGGCCGCCGCCAUCUGCCUGCUGCUCGGCACUGUCAUCGUCUUCUUCACCUGCUGCAGCGGCCGCAUGCACAAGCGCCGCCAGCAGCGGGCCAAGGUCGACCACUACUCGCCCCCCGCCACGCACACUCCUUACCGCCGUCGUCACUUCUGGCAGCGCCGAACCCGCUACUGAGCUCGCCAGCGGACGAGUUCGCGCAGGCAUGUAAUAGCCGCUUGGCCUCGUGAUUUGAGAUUUUAAUGCGUUGACGAGAAUGACGCCUUUGAAUUCAGUGUGGGCGUAACGCGGGAUGGGAUUUGGGAGUUGGUAGCGAUGGAUACGGAUGAAAUUGUGUAUAACACACACAAACACACACACAUGAUACCACACAUGAUACCACACCCGCAACGACAGGGUAUGCGUUUUUCUUGUAUACUAUAAAAUUAUAUCUAAUGACUAUUCC